GUAUUUCCCAGCCAAGAUCCACUGGACAGAGCAGAUUUCAAUGCUGUGGAGUAUAUUAAUACUCUCUUUCCCACUGAGCAAUCUUUGGCAAACAUCGACGAAGUCGUGAACAAAAUCAGAUUGAAAAUAAGGAGGCUGGAUGACAACAUUCGGACUGUGGUGAGAGGACAGACCAACGUGGGACAGGAUGGCAGACAGGCCCUGGAAGAAGCCCAGAAAGCCAUUCAACAGCUCUUUGGUAAAAUUAAGGAUAUUAAAGACAAGGCUGAAAAAUCCGAACAAAUGGUCAAAGAAAUCACACGGGAUAUCAAGCAGCUAGAUCAUGCCAAGCGUCAUCUGACCACCUCCAUCACCACCCUCAAUCACCUGCACAUGCUGGCGGGAGGUGUGGAUUCACUGGAAGCUAUGACCAGGAGGAGACAAUAUGGGGAGGUUGCCAACCUUCUCCAAGGUGUGGUGAACGUGUUAGAGCACUUCAACAAAUACAUGGGGAUUCCGCAGAUUCGACAGCUUUCUGAAAGGGUGAAAGCAGCGCAGAAUGAGUUGGGACAGCAGAUCCUGGCUGACUUCGAGGAAGCCUUUCCUUCUCAAGGUACAAAGAGGCCUGGUGGACCCAGCAAUGUCCUACGUGAUGCGUGUCUAGUCGCCAAUGUCCUGGAUCCCAGAAUCAAACAGGAAAUCAUCAAGAAAUUUAUUAAACAACACCUCUCAGAGUAUCUGGUCCUUUUCCAGGAAAACCAAGAUGUGGCCUGGCUGGAUAAGAUCGACAGGCGCUACGCUUGGAUAAAGCGUCAGCUGGUGGACUACGAGGAGAAGUACGGGCGCAUGUUUCCCCAGGAGUGGUGCAUGACGGAGCGCAUCGCUGUGGAGUUCUGCCAUGUCACGAGGACAGAGCUCGCAAAGAUAAUGCGCGCAAGAGCAAAGGAGAUUGAGGUGAAAUUGCUUUUGUUUGCAAUUCAGAGGACAACCAACUUUGAAGGACUUCUGGCUAAGCGCUUCUCAGGUUGCACUCUAGCUGAUGGGACAGUGAAAAAGCCAGAAGUGCCACCUCCCUCCACCAACCCAUUUCUGGAGGAUGAAACUGGGACAGACACAGAUGAGAUUGUGAUUGAGAGAAGUGAUAUGGACAAACCAAAGAAGCCAAAGGUUCCUGACAAUCCUUUUCAUGGCAUUGUUUCCAAGUGCUUUGAGCCUCACCUUUAUGUGUAUAUCGAGUCCCAGGACAAAAAUCUCGGCGAGCUGAUUGACAGGUUUGUGGCUGACUUCAAGGCUCAAGGUCCCCCCAAGCCCAACGUGGACGAAGGAGGGGCCGUCCUGCCCAGCUGUGCCGACCUCUUCGUGUACUACAAGAAGUGCAUGGUGCAGUGCUCCCAGCUCAGCACAGGCGAGCCCAUGAUAGCCCUGACCACCAUAUUCCAGAAGUACCUUCGGGAAUAUGCCUGGAAAAUUCUGUCUGGAAACCUGCCCAAGACAACUAGCAGCAGUGGUGGGCUCACCAUCACUAGUUUGCUGAAAGAAAAGGAAGGCUCUGAAGUGGCUAAAUUUACUUUAGAAGAACUCUGCCUCAUUUGCAGCAUCCUGAGUACUGCAGAGUACUGCUUGGCGACCACCCAGCAGUUGGAAGAGAAACUCAAAGAAAAAGUGGAUGCAAGUCUAGUGGAGAGAAUCAACCUGUCGGGAGAGGUGGAGACUUUCAGCUUUGUGAUCUCCAACAGCAUACAGCUGUUAGUGCAGGACCUGGAUGCAGCCUGUGACCCUGCCCUAACUGCUAUGAGCAAGAUGCAGUGGCAGAACGUGGAACACGUUGGUGACCAGAGUCCUUAUGUCACCUCAGUGAUUCUCCACAUUAAACAGAACGUCCCCAUCAUCCGCGACAACCUGGCCUCCACGAGAAAGUAUUUCACUCAGUUCUGUAUAAAAUUUGCAAACUCCUUCAUUCCCAAGUUCAUUAACCAUCUCUUCAAGUGCAAACCUAUUAGCAUGGUGGGCGCGGAACAGCUGCUGCUGGACACUCACUCUCUGAAGAUGGUUCUCCUGGAUCUGCCCUCCAUUGGGUCCCAAGUGGUGAGGAAGGCUCCUGCCAGCUACACAAAGAUAGUGGUGAAAGGCAUGACUCGGGCUGAAAUGAUCCUGAAGGUGGUUAUGGCUCCACACGAGCCUCCAGUUGUGUUUGUCGACAAUUACAUCAAGCUCCUUGCUGACUGCAGCACAGACACUUUCCAGAAGAUACUAGAUAUGAAGGGCCUGAAGAGGAGCGAGCAAAGCAGCAUGCUGGAGCUCUUCCGCCAGCGCCUCCCGGCUCCCCCCUCCGGAGCAGAGAACACCGGCUCACUCUCCCUGAGUGCUCCUACGCCUGAGCAGGAAUCCUCUCGGAUACGGAAGCUGGAGAAACUCAUCAAAAAAAGACUUUAAGUGAGCAGAAGGAAACUCUGUUGCUCAGGACUAGCUGCAGUGACUGGCAGCAAAGCUCGUCAGACUUAAUGAUUUACAGUAUGCUGCUGAAAAGUCCGUGUCCUGCCACUCCCGUACCCUGUUGAUCUCUU